AUGACGAGCAUCAGUUUUCUAAUAAUAAUAAUCACGUUUGGCUCGGAUCCUUCCACCCACCCGGCUGAAAACCAAAAACAUGAGCUUCUGGUAAAUUCGCUACUAGUGUUUGGCCUUUUGGGUCUGGCGGGGAGGGGAAUCAAGAACCCGAAGGGUUCCCCUCGUAUGAUUGGUUCCUGGAGCAGUUGUGUCCGUGGGAGUUGUGGGAUUGGAGUCUGCUGCGGAGCUGUUGGAACCCACCCAAAUCCCAGAGCCAGAGUUGUGGCAUGGAGCCUGUCGUAG